AUGGCGGUCUCCACAUAUCAAAGCUCAUACUGUGGUAUAGACCAAUGGACCGACAUUUUCUAUCAACCAGAGCCAGCGACGGCGUCAGCAAGCAAGGAUGCCGGGACUGCAGCGGCUGCUCUGUCGGAUCUGCCCGCUGGCUUGAGAAGACGCGCCGAGUUCUACCGCAGAGAGUUGAUUCUUCCUGACAAGAGCGCCCGGAGGCGUUCAUUCAGCUCACCUGUGAUGAGCAGGCCAAAACGACUAACGCGACCCAUGUGCAAUUCGUACAACCCUUUCACUUCACGGGAGUUGCCACGGGGCAAGUUCUGCGGAUUCCCGACGCCGAUUACAAGGAUGUUGCCAAAGCCUCCCGACCCUUUGGGCUUCACGUCCCACGGACUCGUCCCUGAGGUCGCACAUCGAGAGUUUCGCGGCCGAGCAAGCAGCUUCCCGUCUGGAGGGUACCCGGUCAUGGGUGCACCCGUAAUCCACCAAAUCUCACAGACAGAGGACGCACCAGCACCUUGGCGCGAGUACGCAGAGCUUGAGCGAAACCCUCGUGGCCGUGCCAGCCGAAGGGGCAUCGUGUGA